AUGAAGUGGUUCCUUCUCAGUGGGUUGUUCUUUUUCUUGCCAACUGUUUUCAGCCAGAGAUGUCCCACGGGCUGGUCCCUGUACCAGGACAACUGCUACAGGUUGUUCACUGACGGGAAAACCCAGAACGAUGCCCGUAUUGCUUGUCAGCAAGACCAGGGUGACCUGGCCAUCAUCACAAGUGUGGAGAUGAAUUCAUUUCUGGCCGAUUUCACUGAAGCCGCUGGGGCAUAUGCCUGGAUUGGCUUGACUGACACCCAGACAGAGGGUACCUUUGAGUGGAUAGAUGGCACCCCACUGGAUCCUGCCCUUAAUGUUCUUUGGGGCAGCAGUGCACCCAAUAAUGACAACAAUGAGGAUUGUGUUGUCCUGAGAGCAAACAGAGUCUGGAAUGAUGUCUCCUGCUUUACUACUAAGAAGCGCAUCUGUCAAAGACCGAACGAUGCUCCACUGAGGUGUGACGAGGCCAACGGCUGGGUGUCGGCCGGUGGCAAGUGCCACAAGUUCCAGGACCUGGCCAACGCCUGGGACGACGCCCGGCGAUACUGCCAGGAGAGAGACGGGGACCUGAUCAGCAUUCAGAGCUCCGAGGAGCAGAAUCUGGCCUUUGUACUGGCUCAGGUCAACCAGGAAUCCAUCUGGAUUGGAGCAACAGACAAGGUAAUAGGCAUAUGUGGCUUUGGCACGGCAGCAAGCCACUGGUUUUUCAGCCUGGGAGGGAACUGUGUCGGAAUCCUAGACACAUCAAACAAUGGCGAGUGGAGUACGGCACCGUGCACAUCACAGAGGAAAUUCAUCUGUGAGAAAGACGAAGGUGUCUGUCCCAGCGGAUGGCGCAUUCACGGCGGUCAGUGCUACCAGUUCAACACUUACUCCGCGAUGAGUUGGACCGACGCCAAGCACACCUGUGAAGUGCAAGGGGCCUUCUUGGCUUCCAUCUUCAGCGAGGAUGAGAACAUGUUUAUUGUCCAUCAAUUUGAUGAUCUGACAAGCAUUGGAAUCACCGAUGUCUGGAUUGGGAUAUCAGAUUACACCACUGAUGGCCAGUUUGCUUGGGCGGAGGGAGCCUCUGCGUCAUACACCAAGUGGAAUGCUGGUAUGCCGGUCAACACACCCAACCAGCCAGACUGCGGCACCAUCUACGUGGGUGACAGUACAGGUUCCUGGAGCAGUGCAAAUUGUUUCCGUCCACAGUCGUUUGUCUGCAAAAUCCCUGUUGGUCAGCCUGUAUCCCCUCUGAAUCCCAUCUCUGGUGUUGGCAACUGCCCGACCGAAUGGAACCUGUUUGGCGACUCCUGUUACUUUAUCGACAGCAGCCCCACCCUCUUCCAUGAUGCCGAAAGCAUCUGUGAGGCCCGAGGAGCCAAGCUGGCCAGCAUCCACUCGGCUGAAGAACAGUCCUACCUCUCAUUGAGAACGUCCAUGAUGAAUACCAACUUGUGGAUCGGGUUGCACGACCAAAGUAAUGAAGGCAACUUUGAAUGGCUUGACAACACACCGUUGGAUUUCACAAAUUGGAACACUGGUGAGCCCAACGAUUAUGGCAACGGGGAAGACUGUGUUCACCUCCGCACCGACGAAUUACAGGCAGGAACAUGGAACGACCAAGCCUGCGAUGUCAGCUAUGGAUACAUCUGUAAAAAGGACAAAGCGUGCGAAAUUUUGGACACUACCUCCACGGACGACAACUACAGUUACCGUUACCACCCGUCCCAGGCCAACGUGGAGAGGGUGGAAUUCAAAGUGAAGGCCGGCAGUGACGUCCAUAUCGGCCUGAGUGCGACCAGCAGUAACCAGCCUGCCAUGUACGAGAUCGUCAUCUGCGGUUGGGGCAACACCCAUUCGGCCAUUCGGCGCUGCUCGCAGUGCCAAAAUCUGGUAUACGUCAGCACGCCCAAUUUUCUGAGCGCCAACGAGUUCCGGGGGUUCUGGGUCAACUACGACAUGAGCACAGGGCAGCUGGAUGUUGGAAAGGAGGGCCAAGCGGACGCUUUUAUGUCCUGGACCGACCCCUCACCUCUGGACGUCAAGUAUGUGGGCUACUCCACUGGCUUCGGGCACGCGGGGGAGUUCCAGUUCUGCAACCUUUGUGAGUGA